AUGGCGGUGUUAAAAGUCAGACCUUGGGCCAUCACUUGGACGGUAGCCCCAGAUUUCUGUAGGAAUGGCUGUGUUAAAAGUCAGACCUUGGGCCAUCACUUGGACGGUAGCCCCAGAUUUCUUUUUCCAGGUGGAAUGAAAGAUGAUGUUGACCUUGACCUUUCCCAAACUGCCUUGAGAGAAACAUUCGAGGAGAUUGGUCUUUCAACUGAGAACGUAAACAUUUGGGGAAAUUUGCCGAAGAUUCCUAGUAAGAAGGAUGGGAAAAUUGAAGUUACUCCAUAUUUGGGAUUCUGUGGUGAUAUGGAUACAUCUAAGCUGGUGUUGGAUGAUUCAGAGGUGGACACUGUGUUUACUAGGACUCUCACUUCUCUCUGUGAUCCCGUCAAUGUUGGUUCUACUCAGUUUAGUAAUGGGUACACCCUGCCUGUAUUUCUGGGCGGGGAGUUCAGGAUCUGGGGAAUGACUGCUAUCCUGUUACAUCAAGCUCUGACCAUCCUUGCUCCAGGAAUGUACAAUUAUAAGCUACGACAUGUACGACCAUUACAUACCAAACCUUCUUGAUGACGGUUUCAUUUUAACUGUAAUCCAUUCAUGAUUUGUACAAUGUUUUAAUUUGAAAGUAAUUAUCUACCGACUAAUGAUGAGUUGUGGAGGGUUAAUGUGACUGCUGUUGAUUAUAUUAUGAAAGACAUGACAAAUUUUGACAUUAAUUAUUGACUAUUAAUUAAGUAUUUAUAAAAGUAAAUGAUGGGUGUCAAUUUGACAGGAACCAUCUUCAAAUCAGGUACAAAACUUAAAAGUUAAUGAACAUAUCACUUGUUGAAAACAAUCUCGUUGAUUUUCAAAUAAAUUUGAAAACAUUA